AACAAUAACAAAGGGAUCAGUUUGGACCUAGAGAGAGUAAGGAAAGUUAUGCGAGCCACAGGGUCCAGCAACUAACGUUUCUUCUGAGAAGAAAAUCUUAUUUUUGUAACAUAUAUUUUUGUUUUGUUUUUCUACCUCAAAGUGUUAACUGUUCAAGAUUUUACCUGCCUAUUUACAGAAAAGGACAACAAUUAAAAACAAAACUACAGGAGUUUGCACAAGUUGUCUGAACUGUGAAUGAACUUCAACAAUCUUCCCUGAGAUGAAAUUGUACACCUGUGCACUUUAAUAUCUUACCAGCUGUCUGUCUGAGCCACUCCAGUAGCUGACUUUGAGUGAUUUCAGAUUUCAACAUUAAAAAUAGUUGUUGUUGCCAAAGUCUUUGUUUCUUAACAAUGUUCCAGAGGUUUACCAGCACUCUUUUUGGACGUGCUGAAGAUGGAAGUGACUGUAAAACAGAGCCUGAUUUUAAUGAAAAGGAGGAUGAUGACCAAUGGAUUCUUGUUGAUUACUUAGUCGAUGCUUGCACUGCUACCUCUAGAGAAGAAGCAGACGUCUAUGAGAAGGACACUUCUUCACUGGACUGCCCAUCCCUUUUCUCCUCCUCCUCUUCUCUAGAGUUCACUGGUGACCCUAGUGACCCUGUCUUUCUCCAGCUCGACUGCUGUGCUUUGGAGGAGAGCUGGUUUAUUACCCCUCCCCCAUGCUUCACUGCAGAUGGACUCACCCCUGUCCUAGUUGAGGCCAGCCCCAUGGAGAACCUCCUCAUCGAGCACCCCAGCAUGUCUGUGUAUGCUGUAAACUUCCACCACGGCAUGAAGGAGACCGCAAGGAGGUCAAGGUCUGCAGAUAAGCCCAUUUUCAGGAUGGAAGCACAGUGUAAGAGGGGCCAAUCUUUUAGCUGCUGUGCAGCUGCGAUGGCUGCACACACCAGUUUCCUUGAACAGUCCACGCACACACGGCUCGCUCAACGCUCCAAGGAGAACGUAGAGAGGCCGCACUUGACCCGUAACGCCCUUCGUCGCCAAAAUCUUGCCAGAGAUUGCCACUCUUACCAAGCUAAACAACGUGGAUUCUUGGUGCACCAGCCCAGCCAGAGGCAGUUCAACUAUUGAUGGUGUACUAAGCUAAUUUGUCUCUGUAACAAAGAUAUAAUCAGUUUUUUUUUUUUUUUUUUUUUUUUCCAGCUCGCAGGUCACAUUACUUAGUCUGCUAAUAUAAAAUGUUUAGAGUUUCACACUAUUUUGUGACAAUUUUAAAAUGUAGGGUUUAAUAUCACUUAACGCCUUGUUAAAAUUGUGGACUUUUACUGUGCUGUAUAAAAAUAAAAAAUAAAAAAAAAUCAGAAAA